UGGCCGAUAAGCGCAAGCAGCGAAAGCGGCGCUCCGUCACAUAAGUGUAAAGCAGCCUGUAAUCUUCAACGGUGCCGUUCCUUACGCCCUUCAGGUUCCCUCCACGGCAAUGUGACCCCGGCCGACCGCGUUUCGGUUGUGCGGUACCUUCUGCCCCGACGGCGGUGUUUGACCUCGCCGUGGCUCCCGCCGACUUCGUUUGCAGCGGCCCGGCAUGCUGACACGGUGGGACAGGGUGAUGUUGAGCAGCCGACCGGGUCGCUCUUUAUCAGCGGGGGGAGAGGGAGACGGACAAGUGAUGAGGGGAGAUAGGGGGCAGGGAUGACGGCUGACGAAGGAGGUAUUGAGGAAAGGGGGCUGCCAGCGAGGGAACCCAAACACAUGAAGCGAGACUCGCACCUUGAGGCUUCCAGAGACUACCAGAAAGAGCAGGAGACGGAACCACAAGCUUGGUAAUGAUUAACAAUCCUCCAGAAUCCCAGUCGCAGUCUGUCCAGAAGCCCUGGCCUUUCUCUGGACAGCGCCGACUCUUUCUGGUCCUCAGCUCCUCUGUUCUCAUCAUACUGCUGUGCCUGGGAAUCUAUUUGCACCGCACUGGUUCUGACAACUCGUUGCAAGAAGCCCCGCUUCCAUGCCUCUCUUCGGCCUGCCUUGAGGCUGCAGCAAAACUGUCCAUCACCUCCAAUCCUUUGGCCCAGACCUGCGACAACCUCCUGGUCGCCUGCAAGGCCAAGGGGCUCACUGUCUCCCAGGGGAGACAAAGAGACAAACAAAUUGUUAAAAGAGAGGUGGACAGAUACUUGUAUGCAGAGGUUGAGCCUAACCAGUUGGUCAGACGGACAGUUCUGCUGGAGCUGCUAAGAGAAAUUUUGGAAUCCACGGACAGGCCGGCGUCCGAGGACUCGGCAGAACAGAAAGCGCAAAGGUUCUACCGCUCCUGCAUGGACACGGAGACCAUUGAAAAGCUCGGUCCGAAGCCAAUUCUGAAGCUUGUAGAAAAGCUGGGGGGCUGGGCACUCUCCGGAAAGUGGAAUCACACCGACUUUAAUGCAACCUUGUCUGUCCUCAUGACAGAGUAUUUCACUUUCCCAUUUUUCAACAUAUAUGUGGGAAGGGAUGUCAACUCGAGCGACCACAAGAAGUACAUACAGAUCGAUCAGCCCGACUUUCAGAUUCCAGUUGAAUGGAAAAGCAAGGACAAAACAUCGAAAGAGAAAACUCUGUCUCAGGACCUGCGUCACUUCCUGAUGUCUCGAGUGCGACUCCUUGGUCUUCUUGGGGUUCCCUCCAGCAGCACCAGCAGCCACAUGGGCUUCUUUAUCCAGCUGUCAUCUGAGCUGGCCCUCUUCACCCAGUCGUUGUCGAACCGUAUGCAGAGGAAGCUGCUCUUUCACCGGAUGACUGUGAAGGAGCUGCAGGCUCAAGCCCCUGGUAUUGACUGGCUGGGAUGUCUCCAGGCCGUAUUUCAGCCCCUCGCUGUCAGUGAAUCCGACACUGUUCUCCUGCACAACCUACCAUACAUCACGCACAUGUCCAAGACCAUCAGCAAGUGGCAAGACAAUCACGAGUUCCGUAACAGUGGUACUCUUCAUACGUUCAUGAUCCUCAGUCUCCUACACACAGUCAUACCUGCAUUAGACUCCAGAUUCACCGCUAUACAGAGAAAUUUCUCAGUUGCCCUGGGAGACGAUGAAGAUGUUGUCCCCCGCUGGGCUCACUGUGUUUUGCAGACAGAGAAGGCGUUCGGCAGAGUGCUCAGCAAUGCAAUGAGAGAGAGGGUUGGGGAGCCAGAGGCAGAAGUGUUGAUCCAGUCGAUAUACUCAUCUCUUAAAUCCAAAUUAGCAGAACUCAGAUUGAAAGACGAUCAUCUCACCGUUUGGAACAAGGUUACGUCUCUAACCCCACGACUUUCACCAAAUGCUGAUAUAAUGAGUAAAAAAAAUCUCGAUCAACAAUUUUCAGAGGUGAAAAUCACUGAAGAUGAGUAUUUCUCCAACUACCUGCAGUCUCUUUCUCUUCAACAUAAGAGGACAAAAAAACUUUUUACAGAAAUGUCAGACCCUGAUAUAUUGUCAAUAACUCCAUUUCUUAUUGGAAAUGAGAUCAGUUUCCCUCUGGGAAUGUUUGUUCCACCAUUCUUUCAUCCGUCAUACCCCAGAGCUGUCAACUAUGGAGCACUUGGGAUGCUGAUGGCUAAAAAUAUUUUACAUCUCCUUCUGCCAGAGAUCCAAACUCAGAGUAAGACUCUGCAGGCAGUGAGUGAGUGUGUCUGGGCACUGUACAGUAACAUAACCAAAAUUCCACAUGGAUCUCACCUGCUCACUCUCACCUUGGAACAACAGCGAGAGAUCUGGCUUCAAUACACAGCCCUUGAGAUUGCGCUGCAGGCAUAUCAGAAGAGUUUACUGAAAGAGCCCAAAGACACCUCUCUAUCUGGUAUCCACCAUACUCACCUGUUCCUCACCUCCUUUGUUCAGAUCAACUGCCACUUUGACCCAUACCAUGAACACUUGCCUUUUGAAGCAUCCUUCCUUGUGGCUGCCAUCUGUAUGAACUCUAACCUUUGUCCCAAGGGCAUAAACUGCACUUUAAAUACACAUCAACACUUCAGGCAAAAGUGCUAAUGGUUUAUUAUCAUAUCUUUGAAAAAUGUAUUACUGUUGGGCAUAGGGAGAGGAUUUUGUAUUCAAAUGGCUGAGAUGAAAUGUACAUUUGGAGAGAUAUAAUACUAUGUGAAGAACUGUGGUGUAAAAUACAUUUUGUGUGUAUUUAUACAUAUUGUUUACAUAAUAUAUGUCCUUGUACAAAGAAUGUUUUGGGUAAAUGAAUGAAUACAUGUAAAUGGGUAGUUAGG